AUGUAACAUUAAAUACUAAUUUCUCCAUCAAGAUUGCCUGUUUAAUAAAAAAUACAAAUCUCUAAGAACACUUUGAUCUCUCCUCAAAGAUUUCCCAAUAGAAAAAUAUCCUAGGGAGUCAUUGAAGAUUUUGUUGUUAGAUCAAAUUAUAUUACCAAAACAAAUAAUGGUAGCUUGACUGAAAGAGUAAAUAGUUUAUAGAAAUCAUAAAAAUCUGUUUCAAAAGAUAAAAUAAGGCCCAUAAGCAAAUAAUUACGCAUUCCAACUGAAAAUUUCUUUCAUAUAACAAAGGGUGUUAAUUUACUUCUCACUUAGAAAAACUCGAAUCCUUAAUAAUAAAAUAGUCAAUAACUCAAACCUAUUUAAGGCUCAAUGACAAGAAGAAAUAGUAUGGAAGAACUAGUUGGGAGUACUAUGUAUACUGGAAUUGGUAAAUCAUAAUCACAAGACAAAAUAUAGAAGUAAGAAAUAUCCAUUUAUGUUCAUUAUUCAUAAGAUGAAGUUUAAAAUUAUCGUUUCACUCCAAAUAUUACUACUGACAAAAUAACUAAUCUAUUGAAAUAAAAACAAUAGAACAACAAUACAAUAAUUGGAUUCUCAACAGUUGAUGAGAACUAUGCUAUUGAUUACUAUUUAUAACAACCAAAUUUACCAAUGGAUUCUUUUGUCAAUAAAACAAUUAGAUUAAAGCCUAUUUAUAAUUAAAACAUUAAAAGAAUUAAUCUAAGUAGUUUUCAAUUUAUUUCCAUUAUUGGUAAAGGUGGAUUCUCAACUGUCAUCUUAGCCAGAUCAUUAAUAGAUGGUAAAUUUAUUGCUCUUAAAUUGAUUAAUAAAUAAUUCAUUUAAUAGCAUUAAAAAUAAGAUCUAAUUUUAAAUGAAAGAGAUAUUUUAAUAUAAAGUACUUAUAGUGGUUCUAUUUUUACUAAUUAAAUAGAAUGUGCUUUUGAAACUAAAAAUUGGAUUGUUUUUGGAAUUGAAUAUUGUCCUGGAGGUGAAAUGUUCAAUUUUAUUAAAAAACUAUAAAGACUCUCAGAAUAAUAAGCAAAAUUUUAUAUUAUUGAAGUUAUUUUAGCUAUAGGAUUUUUACAUAAUGAAUAAAUAAUAUAUAGAGAUAUUAAACCAGAAAACAUUCUAAUUGAUUCUAGUGGACAUAUAUAAUUGGCUGAUUUUGGUUUGGCUAGACCUAAUAUGACUAAAGAUACUUGUGCUUAUUCAUUUUGUGGUUCACCUGAAUAUAUGGCUCCUGAAAUGUUUUAAACAACAGGACAUACUUAAUUAGUUGAUUAUUAUUGUUUAGGAUGUUUAUUAUAUGAAUUUGUUACUGGAUUACCUCCAUUUUAUGCUGAAGAUAAAAAUAUAAUAUAUGCCAGAUUACUUAAAGAAUAGGUUGAAUUUCCAGAUUAUUUAAGUACAGAUAUUAAAGAUUUAAUAAGAUAAUUGAUGAUCAAAGAUCCUCAUAAAAGAUUAGGUUCUCGUUUUGGAAUUGAUGAAAUCUUUUAACACAAAUGGUUUAGAGAUGUAGAUUUAGUGUCUUUUAUUAAUAAAUAAGUAAAACCUCCAUAUAUUCCUGAUCUACAGAAAUUAAAUAUUAAAUAAAUAAGUUAAAAUGAUAAACACUUUUUUGAAUAACUUUAAAGAGAACAGAAGUAAAACAUUGCCUUUCAACCAAUGUUCUCUUCUUAAUUUUAUUUUACUAAAGAUUAAGAUAAAAAUAAUAACAAUGUUAUAUUAAAUAAAGAAACAUUAGAUAAAUUGGUUAAAAAGACUCUUAAAAAAAAUCCAAAGUAAGGGUUAACAAAUCUUUAGUUAUAAACAAACUUUGAAAAUCUUCUUAAGCAAACAUUUACUAAUGUUAAGUCAAAACCUGAUUCAAGAAAUAAGUAAUAACUUCAAUUUUGA